AUGGCGCCACUCUCCGCUGCCGCCAGCCUUGCUUGUAAGGGCUCAGGGAGUGUUGUUCUGAGUGACGCCACCGUGCUGUCAGAACGGCCAGGGAGGACGGCCAUGGCGUUCUCUGGAGCGGUGCACACAGUCUUCGCGCAGGCCGACGACGAGACCAGCCAGUUCGUGUCCCAGCUGCAGGGCACGUACACGGAGGAGAGCGCGGGCGUCUUCCGCCGCGGCGACGGCAAGUUCUACCUACUUCGGGUCGAGGACGUGCCAGGCCUGGGCGCGGCGGCGGAGCCCGGCUGGUGCUUCGCCGGCGACGCGUCGGGCAGGCAUCGCCUCGCGUGGGCGGCCUCGCAGGACGCCGACCAGCCGGUCGAGGUGGGCUGGCUGGCCGAGGCCGAGGACGGCUGGCAGGGGGCCGCGGUGCCCGCGCCGCUGACGGUGGCGCGGGCUGGCGCGCCGCACGGGCCCGAGGAGGACGCCCGCCCGGUGGACUGUCUCUUCGGCGCGGCGGAGGCCGCGUACGGGGCGCUGACGCACCCGGACACGCAGCAGUGCGUUCAGCUGGCGGCCCAGCACGUCUACGGCCUCGCCAAGGAGCUGAGCGUGCACGCGUGGGACGUGGUCUCCCUCCACGCCCAGAAGCUCUGCGGCGACCGACCCCGCGGGGAGAGGCACCUGGACGUGCUUUCUGCCGCUUCGGAGGUUCUCUCGGAGAGGCUGGACGACGAGACUGCGAGCUUCACCGACGCAGACGCGGACGAGUUGGCUUCGGAGUUCGGGUGGAACCACGUGCAGGCGCUGGAGGAGCCGCUGAGAGCCGCGUGA